AUGCUUCGCAACGCAGUAUCCCGAUUUAUUCUCCUCCCAACCCGCCAAACCGUCCCCGCAUCCGCUUCAUGGUCCUCGUCUUUCUUCCUCACUGGCACCAGGCUCGUAUCCACACACGCAACCGCACCCUCGAACGAAAUAUACCCAAGUGCCACCAGCACCAGCACUAGCACCCCUCCCUUCGAUCCAAGCUCAAGCGCGAACCCAGUUACAGGCACCGUAACAUCAUCUCUCAAUGCUACCGACUCCGACUCGAAGGGACGAGGAACACGGAGAGAGAAAGUAUUCCGCCCGAAACGCGUCAAGUGUUUCUUGUGUAAUCAGAGGGGCCACGUCGCGAAGUUCUGUCCGACUGCUGCUGAGGUCGUUGCCGCUACUGCUGGGGGCGAAGUAGAAGGGCAAGGGGAAGGGGCAGGGGAAGGGAAGGAGGUGGCUGAGGUGCCGGAAGAGGUCACCUAA